AAACCAAAAUUCGCAUGCUACGCACGUGUAUCUUUCUUCCCAAAGCGCUCUGUUCUGAACUUGAGCAACAUCAUUUUCACAUCAACAAACCAUGGCAUUCUUGUUGAGCAAAUCAACCCUAGCUUCUCAUUUUCGAUCCACAUCUCAGAAAAUCGAAGAUCCCGUUUCCCUCUCGCGCCGUCAGUUCCAUGUUGAACCCGGGACUCGUGAAAAAGCUCUCUUGGCAGAAGAUUCAGCUCUCAAGCCAUUCAAAUCAUAUAAGCAGAGUGUAAAAAAGCUCCGGAAAAUUGGGGAUGUUUUAACUAUUGUUGUUGUUGCAGGUAUGCUAUCUUCUAAUCCUUCUUUUGAUAAAAUAAAUGCGGGUUUAGGGAUGUGUAGCACGGAUACCUCGAACACAACCCCGACACUGACACGGUGA